CUUAAUUUGAGAUAAAUGAAAAUUAAGAUACCAAAAUGAAAAUUUAGACGGGAAAAAUCGGAACAUGACCGACUGAAGUUUCAUUCUCUUUCAAAUCUGCCAUUUCGGAUUUCUUCCCCUUACGGCUUUCGUUCCUCUGUUCAAUUCAGUUUCUCCAUGUUCCCCGCUCUCACUCUUCAACAGCUCCUUCGUGUAUAGAUUUACCUUAUUAUUUUUUAAUAGUAAUUUAUUUGUUUACUCAAAGCCAGAUUUUGACCUCGAUCCAAUAAAAACACAAAAGGGUUUUGUGAUUUAACAGAAGCCCAGUUUCGCGUUUAUUAUUUAGAUGUAACAGUAAUUUUCAUCAAUUUUGUGGCCUAACUUAUGAUGCCACUGACCCCUUGUUUCGAAUUCACUGGUCAGCAAGUGAUAAGUUGCAUUUUUCUGGAACAGAGAUAUUAGAAUGAAAUCGAAAAUAAAAUGGGCAGCCCUUGGAGGACUAGUGUUGUCAUUUAUGUCUCUGUUGGUGCAUUUAUUUCUUGCCAAGUCAAGCGCUGAUCUAGUACAGUACAGUGCAAUCAAGGCUUUCAGUGAAGAUUUGCAAUAUGCAAACAGUGCUGGCGUAAAGGGUGCUGGAUCUAGGAAGCUGUGGGGCAAGGUGAAGGCUCUAGAACCUCUGCAGCCAUAUGCGAAACCAAGAAGCUCAUUUCCUGUGUGCUAAGUUUAUGCAAAAAGGCAUAGGAGAAUGUUAAUAAUCUUUGGGCAAUUGAAGCAAGAAAAAAAAUACAGCAUGAAGGUGUUCAAGUUUUAUGCUUUUGUUCUGGAUGUUGUGGACAUAAGGGGCCUGACGAUCAAAUACAAGGCCAAAUGGGGAACGGAAAGAGCCUAGGCUAAUUUGACGUAGGCAGGGUUGGAUCUCUGAGUAGGUCUUGGGAAUGUUGGAUGUGAGCAGAAUCUGAUAUGGUUGUAGCACAAGGAGGAAGUGAUUGAGAAGCAAACAACGAUAAGGAUCUGGGAUUGUUUUAAACUCCGACAAACAUUUGUUUUGAAUCUGUGUGAAUGAAGUGCACCAGAGUUGUGAAGCUAUCAACUGAAAUCUUUCAUCUGUAUUUUUUAAUGAACAAUUGAAACUCACUUCUUCACUGUUUGAUUGUCAAUGCUGCAUUGCAAUAGUAUUAACACCUUAGAUACUUUUUAUGUUUUUACACUUCAAUACUACUAAGACUCAGUCUAUCUUUUCCAUAGCUAGUCCUACAUUUGGGUGAAGGAGGAAUCUGUGAUAGUUUUACAUCCAUGUAGAACUUUGUCAAGUCGUAGGACAUGAAUCUAAUACAAAUGCACUUCUAUUGCUAGCAUUGUUGUUUUCUAGAAGAAUUCUAAAGUAAUUAGUUUCAUUAACACUUCGAUGUUAAUUAUAUGUUGUGAAAUAGAAGGAAUUAACUCUUAUUAAUAUGUAACAGAGUCAAUACUUGCAGAAUGAUUUUUUUGAAGUGUAAAAUCUCAAAUACAUUGUCCUGUAACAUAGUGAAAGACAAAGAAAAUAGCCAAAUACGAACAAAUGUGACUGGUUUUCCUUAUGAGUAACUUAUAAUUUUCGGUUGAAGUCAAAUUUUAAUCUUAGGGGGCAUUUGUUUU